AUGCCUACACCAACAGCACCUCUCCUCCGCCUCGCCCUCAUCCCAACCACCAUAACAGGCCUGGCCUUCUCCGCGACUCUCGUCGCCGAUGGCCAGUGGCACUUCCACGCCCAACGAGAAUCCAUGGCUCUACUUGCAUUUUACGCCUUCUCCCUGCUACUGAGUUGCGUACUAAUCGGGCUUGGCCAUCGCUUCGGGACAAAGAAGCUUCAGGUUGGGUUCGGGAAUACGGUGCCUAUCGAAGCAUUGUAUGGGGCCGUCGAUCUGCUCCUGGGUAUCGCCUUCUUGGUGCUCCACGUUGUGAUUAAUGCUAGGGUCGCGGACGAUUAUUAUCGGGUGAGCAUGGUGGUGACUUAUAACGCUUUUGCGGCGUUGACGGCCAGUGCACUGCACUUCAUCCUUGCUAUGUACAGCCUAGCAUUGGCUCUGCCCGUCCAGUCGAUCCUUCAGAGCUGGGAAGCGUGGCAGAUGUCCAUGAGCGAUUGCCCUGCUUGCACGGACCGAACCCAAGGCCGCGUAUCAAUUGAAAGCGAUGAGUCGGUCAAAUCUGAGGGACGCAUGACUCGAGGGGGCCAGAAGGGGAAGAUGAGUGUUGCCAAUGAAGAAGGCGAAGGAGAAGGCGACAGGCUGAUUAUGGUAGACGAAGGCGAAGCUUGA